AUGACGGGCAUGUCUGGCGCCGCUGCCACCCGGGAUGGAGAGGCCCCCGAGCACUCCCCGCCUUGCAGUCCGAGCUACGAUGUCACGGGCAAGGUGAUGCUUCUGGGAGACUCAGGCGUUGGCAAAACCUGUUUCCUGAUCCAAUUCAAAGACGGGGCCUUCCUGUCCGGGACCUUCAUAGCCACGGUCGGCAUAGACUUCAGGAACAAGGUGGUGACCGUGGAUGGUGUGAGGGUGAAGCUGCAGAUCUGGGAUACAGCCGGGCAGGAGCGAUUCCGCAGCGUCACCCAUGCUUAUUACCGAGAUGCCCAGGCCUUGCUCCUGCUCUACGACAUCACCAACAAGUCUUCUUUCGACAACAUCCGGGCCUGGCUCACUGAGAUUCAUGAGUAUGCCCAGAGGGAUGUAGUGAUCAUGCUGCUGGGCAACAAGGCGGAUGUGAGCAGCGAAAGGGUGAUCCGUUCGGAGGAUGGAGAGAUACUGGCCAGGGAGUACGGAGUUCCCUUCAUGGAGACCAGUGCCAAGACGGGCAUGAAUGUGGAGUUAGCCUUUCUGGCCAUUGCCAAGGAGCUGAAGUCCAGAGCCUUGUGGCAGCCCAAUGGGCCUCAUUUCCAGAUCCGAGACUUUGUGGAGUCCCAGAAGAAACAGCCCAGCUGCUGCUCCUUCUUAUGA